CCGGGAUCCCAGCAGGGCGGGGAGGGGGGGGGCCGUGCAGCCGUUCCCGUUGAGCAAGAGGGGUCUUCCCCGUUGGGGGGGCGAUAAGGGGCUGCCCGCCAGCCGGAGCGGAGCCGGGCGGGGCGGGAAGGAUGGGGCCGGCACCGGCACCGGGGGCGGUGGAGAUGGGACCGGGGCGGUGCCGGGUCCCCCCCCCCCUACCCCCCGCAGCCGGGGGAGGACCGGGAGGAGGGGGACCGGGGAGGGGAGGGGGUGGGGGGGCGUCCCGGCAGCCCGCAGCCCGCAGCCGAGCCUCUUCUCUCUUUAAAGGCGGGCGGCGGGGCCGGUGCCGCAGAGCCGAGGAGCCCCCGGGCAGCCGCUUGUCCCCCGUGCCCACCGCUGGAGAUUUGUCCCCCCCCCUCCGUUUUCUGACGGUCCCGUUUCUCGUCGCGGUGCUCGGAAGCCCCCGGUGCUAUGCUGGCCCCCCACCCGCCGAGGCUGAUGCGGCCGCUCCGGUGGGUGUUUGCCCCUCUCCUCCUCCUCCUGGCUGAGCUGAGCUCCGGCUUGCAACCCACCUACCAGUGGAGGGACGCCGAGACGAACGAGAAGCUCACCUGCCAGCAGUGCCCGCCGGGCACCUUCGUGGCACGGCACUGCACCAGGGACAGGCAGACGGAGUGCGAGCCCUGCCCGGAGCUGCACUACACUCAGUACUGGAACUACCUGGAAAAGUGCCGCUACUGCAACGUCAUCUGCGAGGAGAAGCAGGUGGAGGUGCAGCAGUGCAAUGCCACCCACAACAGAGUGUGCCAGUGCCAGGAGGGCUACUAUUCGGAGAUGGAGUUCUGCAUCAGGCACUCCGAGUGCCCUCCGGGCUCCGGCGUCGUGAAGCCAGGUACCCCCUUCGAGGACACCCAGUGCCGCAGGUGCCCCCGCGGCUUCUUCUCCUCCAGCUCCAGCACCGAGCCGUGCCAGCCGCACCAGGACUGCGCUCAGCAGGGGAAGGUGAUCAACGUGCAGGGAAACGAGUACCACGACACCCUCUGCACCUCCUGCAGGGCGCACGGGAGGAGCAACAGCACCCAGGGGCCAGCUCCAGGAGACGAGGACUGUGAGCAAGCCAUGAUCGACUUCGUAGCGUACCAGAACAUUUCCCCGAAGAAGCUGAAGCGCCUGCAGCACAUCCUGGACGGCUCGCUCAAGAAGGAGGUGUCGGAGAAAAAGGCGCUCAUCCAGGAGAAAUUCAGGGCCUUCCUCACCCACCUCAAGGAGGGGAACCCCGCGGUCACCAAGGAGCUGCUCGAGGCACUGCGGGCCACCAAGCUGCAUGCGAUAGAGAGGGAGGUGCGGAAGCGCUUCCUCUCUAAUGAGAACAUAGACUGAACUCUGAGGGUGUGUUGUUUUUUUUGUUUUUUUUAAUUUCUCCCUUUUUGUUGUUGUUGUUUUACUGUGGCUUCGUUAAUUUAUUACUCUUUCCAAAAACUAACUUGAAAUGCAGCACAGAGCUGAGCGAGGGGCGAGCUGGGGGGUCCCAGCUCAUCCAAAGUCAAACGCCAGCAGGGUCAUGUUUCUGGAGGAGUAGCCUGGUCCUCUGUUUCAGGCUACUCUCUGGCUUAGCGUUAAAGUGUGUGGUUUUGGUUUUGUGAUGUAAUUAUUUAACAGUAUUUCCCACAGAGGACUCACUUGCUUUCAUCACGCUCUGAGAAAGCAGUCGGCUGCUUGAGGCGCGGGGCGUGGAAGAGACACCUCAAGUCUGUGGUACAGCUGGCUUUGAAUUUAUUUCUGAACUACCUGGUUUUAUACUGUAUGUGAGAUGUUUUCUAAAGAAACAAACCAAAGAAGUUAUUUUAUUACAUGA